UGCAGUGGAGUGGGGGCCGCCCUCGUUGGAGGAGCAUGGCGAGGACAGAGACUCGGAGUAGUCCAUGUUGCAGGCGCCACUAUGGGCCUCAUGGCAGUAGUCUGUGUUGUCUGGGCUGAUGUGGAAGGAGCUCCUACUGAUGGCAAGAACCAGCUAGUUGGCGACAUGCUUUGCUUAGCAGGAUCCCUCCUUUACUCCAUGGUCACAGUGCUACAAGAAAUGAUGCUCGACACACUAUCUUGCUCAGACUACCUAGCAUUCCUAGGUCUUAUAGGCAGUGUAGUAUCCUGUACCCAAACAUUUUUCCUAGAAUUUGGUGAAUUAAUGGAGUUUAACUGGUAUGACUUGGACACUAUAGUCCAACUUAGCAGUUACUGUUCUGUGCAGACAAUAUUCCAGAUAUUACAAUGCUUUAUGCUAAGGGAUGCUGGAUCUAUUAUACUGCACUUGUCAUUCUUGUCAGCGGAUUAUUAUACUCUCAUAGCCGGGAUGUACAUAUUCCAGUUUAAGUUCCACGCUCUCUAUUUCCUGUCGUAUACGCUGGCGAUGGUCGGAGUCUUCCUCUUCAGCUCGCGACCGACGCGACAACCGCCGCCGCAACCAGACAGACUGCCGCAACUAGUCAACGACUCGGUACAGUCACAGGAUAAUGUAUCUAUGGAAUACACGGUCCCGACCCUAGACUGUAUACCCAUAGAAGGUUUGGAGCCACCAAUGAGCAGAGACACGACAUUCACAUCAUUCCUAGGAGGCCCACAAACAAUUCCUAACGGCACCGUUACCUUCGCGCAAACCAACGGUGCGCAGAACUCAAAAGAGGCCUGUUAAUGUAAGUUUGUGUCGUAGGAACCUUAGAAACUUAGGCUGGAGAUUAUAAUAUGCCAUUAACUAAAAUAGCAAAGAAAAAGAAUAAAAUUAUUUGUAAAAUGGUUAUGAAAAACAAUUUUACUAACUUCAUAUUUUUCAUGAUAAUAUUUAAUAGACGUUAUACUUUCGAGCUUAUAAUAACAUGCACAAAAAAUAUCUUCAUAACUUAAAAGAAAUUUUUUUUCUCAAAUAAAAUAUAAAUUAUUUUGUGAAGGCAAUCUCCAGCUAUGGUCUAAGCUAGGAAAAUAUUUACGAAAUUGAAUAAUUAGAAAUAUUUGUAUCUUCUGCCCGUAAUUGUAAUCUUUAUGCAAAAUGCUUAUUUUUACCUAUUUACAAAUAAUAAGAUUUCUGACAGUGAACCAAAAGGUUUGACAAAGAUUUACAAUUUAUUAAAGUUCUUUUCUUAUGUAAAACAUAAAUGUUAGCAUAAUAUCACACGGAGUAUUAGAUUACUCAUUUUGUAAGGUCUAAAUAUCGUGCUAAGGUUUCACUGUCAUCUUACUAGUCAUUCUCAUGUAGACAUAAGACUGUCCGCCUUUUUUUAUUAUCAUGCCGAUAACUAGCUACAGGAUAUAGCUUCUAGAAUGAUCUAAGAACGUUCUGGAAACUGUGGCUUACAAGUCUUUUUCAAAUAACCCAACAUGAAGAUUUUGCACUCAGGAGAUAUCGCUAGUGAGUCGUAAGGUCCUAAUAGUCCCGAGUUGAUAGACAUUGAGGAAAUAAUCUAUUGGUCAAGAGACCUAUAGCUACACUAACCUUUGUUGAAAUGCACAAUAAACCAGUAAACGCAGUAAAAAAAUAUUAUAAAUUGGAUCUUACCUCUCCACAAUCCAUGAAAGUUCACUAAAAAAACACAAGACAUAUUAUAAUAACCACAGAUACAAAAUACACAAAGACAUUCAAGCAAAUUAUUAUACUUACUACAGCAUACUGUAAGAAAAAAUAAAAUCAUUUAAGAGCUAAUGAUUGGACUGGAAAGAUUUAUAGAAAUGUAAUCAUGAAAUAUUUAACCUCACAGAAUAUUAGCUAUAGAAACACCAACUACCUAGAUUACUAGUCAUUGAUAGUAUAGUCUAAUAUAUUAGCGCACAUUAAAGUUAAAUAGUUUUAGUAAUUUAUAUCUAUAUUAUGCUCCAUUUUAUUAUAACCAACUUAUUUCGAUUUGAAUGAAGGUAACGAUAACUGCCACCUGUUCGAAUUUUGACUCAAAUUUAUAUCCUCAAUAUUAAAAUAAUAGUAAUCUUUAUAUAACAUUUUGGAAUCUAGUUUCUAUAAAUUGUGAGAAAUUGUACUUAUCGAUCGUGUUUUUGUAAGUUUUAGAAAAUUUAAAUUUAGCGAAGGCUGAACGCGGAAUUACGAGUAUAAUAGUUAACAUUAGAUCGCCACAAGUCCAACAUUCAUUUUUGUAUUGAAUUAUGAUUCCUGAUUGAGCUUUAUUGUUUUAAACAUAAAUGUUAUUAUUAUGAAGCAGAGUAUUAGCGAUUUAUAACAAUUUAACAUUACCCCAGUUGUACAUUUUUAACGAAUUCCGUUCCGAUAUUAAGUAUUUAUUAGCAAAAUAUAUUUCAUUGUUGAUAUUAUUUUUAUUUCAAAUUCUAGUAUCGUUAUAACGCUCAAUUAUUAAGAGUAAGUAUUAAUAUUUCUAAUAGUGAAAAUUUAGUCCAUUAUUUAGAUAAAUCUAUCAGUAAUUGGGAUUGUCAUUGGAAUUGACUAAUUGUUCUUUUAGAAUUUGUUUUGAAACUGAAAAGAUUGAACUCUGUAAGGAAACAUGUCUGUUAACAUUUCCGUAAUAGAAAAAAAAAUGUAUAAGGAAUUAGUUUUACAUACAUAACCUCACGCCUGUCUCCCAUGGUGUUAGGAAGAGAUAGCCAAUUGCUACGGAUCCUACAUACCAUUAUUAGUUUUAUCAAACGUAAUAAAUUAUUUGGUUAAAUGUAACUUAUUGAAAGUACUAACAAAACUGCCGUUUUGUGCAAAAUUCAUCACUGAUCAAUCUUUUCAGUGUCUCAACUACAACUUGUAUAGUAUUAUAUAAAACAUUGAUAUUAUUAUUUCAUAAGAAUUUCUAAAGAAAAGGUUAUUUCACCAAUAUGAUGGUUGUGUUAUGUUAAUUGUAAUAUAUUUAAGCUAUUUAUUAAAUUGUUGCAAGUUAUUUAAACGCUAAACACAAUAUAACUAAACUAUGUAUAAAAAUUGAUUUUCUCGAAUGUAAAAUGCGAAUAAUUUAAAUAUAAUAAUAAUAUGUACUUCUAAAUUGGGACUUAAAUAUACAAUGUUUUCAUGA